AGCAGAUAGUGCAAAAAUGUACCUAGCAUUACAAUCGUUCAGGUCACUAAAAUUUAAUCAUUUCCAUGUUUGCGAUAACUCUUUUAACUUCGAACUCUCUUAGCCUUGAAGUUACCUAUACAUCAUCUUCGACUCUACUUAGUUCUAAGGUCCUGCAUAUUUAGUCGACGUCUUUCCCCUACUAUCGAAGAAUGUUCGCGCGCCCACGACCCAAAAAGGGUCUGCUCCCUCCACCACCAAAGAAGCGAAAAAUUCAACAUUCAGUCGAAGAGAUCAAGUUCGAUACCGACGCUCGUUCCGACUACCUCACUGGAUUUCACAAGCGCAAAUUGCAAAGAAUCAAGAAUGCGCAAGAGCAAGCUGCGCAACGGGCAAGACAGGAGAAGAUCGAAUUGAGAAAGCAGGUCCGCGAAGAUCGGAAGAGAGAAGUCGAAGAACAUGUACAAAACGUCAAUGCAAUCCUGAAGGAAGCGCAGCAAGCCGGCUAUGUAGGCGGGGAGGAGACGUCCGAGGACGAAGCAGAAGAAUGGGGAGGGUUUCAAGAUACUCCUGCACUGGAACCUAUUGACCACGAGGAAGAGUACAUCGACGAAGAACGUUACACUACGGUGACAAUAGAGUCUGUAAUUGUGUCUAAAGAUGGAUUGUCAAGCUCUAGGCCAGAGGGCGACUCGGGCGAAGAAGACGAAGACGAGACAACGAAGGGAGAUUCCCAACAUCCUCCAGGGAGUCAAGAGAACACCAGGCCACCUAAAAAGAAGAAACCGAAGUUUAGGUAUGAGACAAAGUCGGAAAGACAACUCAGCCAGAGGAAACAGAAAGCCUCCAAGAGCAGAAAGAAACCACGUGGUUGAUUACUGCAUUGUCUAGCCGUCUUGUAGGCUUUGCUGUUGCAAAUACCGAAUAUAAGUCCACCGUACAAUAAACAUGUCCUAAACACUUGACUUCUCCUCAAUAGCCACCGCAGAAUUCCCGUCCCUCUCGAGAUCGAAGGU